AUGUCCGAAUCAUUCGCAAUUCUCCGUCAACGCCGCUCCGACGAGUUCGCCAAGCUCGCAGACGAACAUAUCCAACACGACCUCCAAUCCUCAGACCGCGACAAGUUGAAGGCCGCAGCGUCCUCGAUCUCACUAUGGACAACUGUUGGAUCAGCGGUUGGUGUGAGUCUGGGCCUUUUCACUGCAAUUCGACUCCGCAGCACACGCAAGGCGUUCUUUUCGGCUAUUCGCGCGCAGGAACGGCCCACGAAGGUCAUGUUUGAGGAUGGACGGACUGAAUCUAUCCCCGACCUCACGCCGCUGUUGAAGCCGACUACUUUGGGGGAUGUUGCGACUUAUUUCUUUGCUUCGCUUGGUGGAUUGCUUCUGGGCGGAGAGCUUGGCUUUGCUGGGGGUGUGGCGAGUGGAACCCGGGGCAUCUCCUCUGAUCCCGAGAGUCAGAAGAGGAUCGAGACUGCGUUUAGGAGGUUCCGGGCUGAUGUGCUGCGAAAACAAGCGGAUGCUCUGGAUAAGGGAGACAGUGUUUCAGGCUUGAUUUAA